AUCGAGGCCAGUAAAGUCACUCAUCUGACACGACAUGGCAGNUAUGUACACCCGCAGUCGCCUACUGUCAACGUCCUUUCCUUGCUGCCCACGUCGCCUCCGACGGGAUCACUCGCUAUCGGUGUCACAUCGCAAAUCCCGCCAACCCCGGACUCGUUGCGUGAAAACCAAUCAUUUAUGAAGGUCCUACAAUCAGUGAUACGAGAGCAUGCAACCAAGGACCCCGAAGUCAUCGCACAAGCCCAAGCAUAUGCCAGCUCAGCAGGAUCCUCACUAGGCUCUGGAGGUGUCUUCUUCCCUCAGAUGCGAACCAAGCGCAGCAAGAGAAGUACAGGAUAUGGUGGUGGAGGCGGCACUGGCGGAGACGGAGCUGGAGGAGCCUCAGCUCAGGGCGGCGCCGGGGGUGCAGGAAGAGGAGGAUACAUCCACGUCAGUGAUCAGAGAAACCCACCGGAUUACGGUCGUGUCGCCUGGCCCGAAGACAUUUUUGGCAGUCUCGAAGUUGACGCAGUCGGUAACUUUGUGGGCGAGAACGGCAGCUAUCAAGAGAGCGGAACGUACAGAUGCGUGACGCGGGAGGGAAUUCUUGGACUCAGCCCGUACCUUCGCGAGAAACUCGUCGCGCGACUCAAGCAACUCGAGGCGGAGAAGAGCAAGUGA